GCUUGCACGCACUAAGCACGCUGGGAGCAGCCAUGGCAGACAAUCCGGUCUUGGAGCUGUUGCUGCGGCGGCUGGAGGCAGCUGAUGGCGGCCUGGACAGCGCGGAGUUGGCUACGCAGCUAGGCGUGGAGCACCAGGUGGUGGUGGGCGCCGUGAAGAGCCUGCAGGCUCUGGGUGAGGUUAUUGAGGCUGAGCUUCGUUCCACCAAGUGCUGGGAGCUGACUGCUGAGGGUGAGGAGAUUGCCCGGGAGGGCAGCCAUGAGGCCCGUGUGUUUAGAAGCAUCCCUCUUGAGGGCCUGGUGCAGAGUGAGCUAAUGCGACACCCCAGUGGCAAGGUGGGCUUCAGCAAGGCCAUGUCCAACAAGUGGAUCCGAGUGGACAAGAACGCAGCUGACGGGCCCCGGGUGUCCCGAGUGGUGGACAGUAUAGAGGAUGAGGUCCAGAGGCGGUUGCAGCUGGUCCAGGCAGGCCAGGCCGAGAAGCUGGCUGAAAAGGAGAGGAAUGAGCUCCGGAAGAGGAAGCUGCUGACCGAAGUGAUCCUGAAAACCUACUGGGUGAGCAAGGGCAAGGCCUUCAGCACAAGUGUGUCCAAGCAGGAGACAGAGCUGAGCCCAGAGAUGAUCUCCAGUGGCUCCUGGAGGGACCGGCCUUUCAAACCCUAUAACUUCUCUGCCCAAGGGGUGCUCCCAGACAGUGGCCACCUGCACCCCUUGCUCAAGGUCCGCUCCCAGUUCCGACAGAUCUUCCUGGAGAUGGGGUUCACUGAGAUGCCUACGGACAACUUCAUUGAGAGCUCCUUCUGGAACUUCGAUGCCCUCUUCCAGCCUCAGCAGCACCCAGCACGGGACCAACAUGACACCUUCUUCCUGAGAGAUCCCGCCGAGGCCCUGCAGCUCCCAAUGGACUAUGUUCAGCGGGUGAAACGGACUCACUCCCAGGGUGGCUAUGGCUCACAGGGCUACAAGUAUAAUUGGAAGCUAGAAGAGGCCCGGAAAAACCUGCUUCGCACUCACACCACCGCAGCCAGUGCCCGCGCUCUCUACUGCCUAGCCCAGAAGAAACCCUUCACGCCAGCCAAGUACUUCUCCAUUGAUCGUGUGUUCCGGAAUGAGACGCUGGACGCCACCCACUUGGCUGAGUUCCACCAGAUAGAGGGUGUAGUAGCCGACCAUGGACUGACCCUGGGCCACCUCAUGGGUGUGCUGAAGGAGUUCUUCACCAAGCUGGGAAUCACCCAGUUGCGCUUCAAACCAGCCUACAACCCCUACACAGAGCCCAGCAUGGAAGUGUUCAGCUACCACCAAGGUCUAAAGAAGUGGGUAGAAGUUGGCAACUCUGGGGUCUUCCGCCCUGAGAUGCUCCUGCCCAUGGGGCUCCCCGAGAAUGUGUCUGUUAUUGCUUGGGGUCUCUCCCUGGAGCGCCCAACGAUGAUCAAGUAUGGCAUCAAUAACAUCCGAGAGCUGGUGGGCCACAAGGUGAACCUGCAGAUGGUAUACGACAGCCCUGUGUGCCGCCUGGAUAUCGAGCCCAGGUCUCCACAGACACAGGAGGCUGCGUGAUAUAGGCUGCCCCAGAGAGCUCUGUCCAGUCCCUGUGCAUCCCCCAGCGGUGACCUCGCUAAUAUUUAUGAGGCCUCUGUGAGGCUAGCUCACUCCCUCUGCCUCGCGCACCCAGGGGCAGGGUCCUGAGUGCAGGAAGCAGGUUUCUUGUGCUGGCCUUUGGUGGUGCGUGUAGUGUUCUUGUAAGGGUGGAUUUGGGCCCUGCGGGUCAGCUGUUGUCUAAUAAAAUAGGCACUGUCUCUCAUGCGGUGCCUUUUGUUAGGA